UGUUGGAAAGGAAGAUUUCGACAAGACAAAGCAGAGAGGAGCUGAUAAGAAGGGGCGUGCUGAAGGAAAUGCCUGAGCAAGAUGGUGAUGUAACAGUAAAUUUUGAAACUUCAAAUGGACACACCAUAGCCAUUGGUGAAGAAACCAUACAGGAAGAAAAUGUGGUAAAAGCCAGUGGAGAUAAUGGUACCUUAGCAGAGAAAGCAUCAGCAUUGGAAGGAAAAAAGGAAGAUCAAAAAGAGAGCACUACUGAUCACUGCCCAGAAAUACCGACAUCCCAUGCUCCACCACUACCCAAGCCUAAGCCUAAAUCCAAAAAAUCUCCGCUACCGCCAAAAAAUGCUAUUGCCGCUUCCACCACCAACAGCCAUAAGAGUAAUGAAGCACCUCAUGCUAAAAAAAAGGGAAAGGCUCCUGCUAAGCAGCCUCCUCUCCCACCGCCCAAGCCAACAAGUCACAGUGCUAAUCGAGAAGCUGCUAGUUCCUCUCAUGCAAAAAAAACGCCAGUCUCCAAGUCCUCUUCCUCACCAUCUCCUUCAUCUACAUCAUCUCAUCCCAAAGCCUCUAAGGAGACUUCCGGCAAAUCGGGCACAUCAGGGACUCCCAGGGGCAAGAAAAAACCUGGGAAACAGUCAGCCCCACGAACAGCACCAGAUGGAGCUGCCUCUUCCCCCUCAGGGGCCACAGCCAACAGGUUGGAAGCAAAGGCGGAAAAACCCGAGCCUGAGCAACCUUCCAUAGUAAUUUCUGAAACAGAGGAUGCAGACCAACCGAGCAAGCUUGUUGUCCCCCCUCCUCCCACCGCUGCCCCUCCUCCACCUCCGCUUCCACCUCCUUCUGCUGCAGCCUGUCAGCCCGCUGUCUCCUCGGAUGCCCAGGAUGCGUCAGAUGGCUGCGUUGCAGGGCCGGCCAUCCCCGGAUCAGAUACUAAACAUCUCCAGACUGAGCAUGGCGCAGACGAGAGCCUGAGCAGUACGGCCCUCGACAGCCGUGCAGGUGCUAGUGGAGAAGACACAAAAAGCUUGGCGACCGAAGAAGACCAAGAAGCAGAGGCACCCGAGCAGGCACACUCAGGACCGGCGGAGGAGGCUUCUGACGCCGCUGCCCCUCCUGAGAGUGAAAGUAGCAGAGAGAGCCACAGCAGCGACUCAGACUCUGAUGGACCGAUACUGUACACAGAUGAUGAUGAUGACGAUGACGAUGAUAAUGCAAGUGCGGAAAACUCUUUGGCAAGUAAAAUUCGUCGCAGGGAUACUCUUGCUAUCAAACUUGGCAACAGACCAUCUAAGAAAGAAUUAGAAGACAAAAACAUCUUGCAGCGUACAUCUGAAGAGGAGAGGCAGGAAAUCAGACAUCAGAUUGGAACGAAGCUAGUGAGGAGACUUAGCCAAAGGCCUACAACCGAAGAGCUAGAGCAAAGAAAUAUCCUAAAGCAGAAGAAUGAAGAAGAGGAACAAGAAGCCAAAAGAGAAAUAAAACGUAGACUCAGCAGAAAGCUCAGCCUGAGGCCUACAGUGGCUGAACUUCAAGCAAGAAGAAUCCUUCGAUUUAACGAGUACGUAGAGGUCACGGAUUCUCCAGACUACGACCGUCGUGCCGACAAGCCUUGGGCCAGGCUAACGCCCGCAGACAAGGCAGCAAUACGGAAAGAACUGAAUGAAUUUAAAAGCACAGAAAUGGAAGUACAUGAGGAAAGUCGGCAAUUUACCAGGUUUCAUCGUCCGUAACUGUUUGACCACGUCCC